GUCGGCGCACGUUUACUUCCUGAUGGAGUCGAAGUGUCAAUGUUGAGACAAAAGAGCGAAAAAAUCUCAUUUUACAAACACAAUAGAUGGACCAACACUGGACGUUCCUUUCAAAUUACCAACCUGAGUCGAUGCUCGAAGCUCUCCCGUCAGACGUGCUAAAGGUGACGAUUGUUAAAGAGGAGGCGCAGGAUAAGGAACAGGAGCGCCCGUUGAUCAAGGAGGAAGAGGAGGAACGCGACAUCAGUCGGGAGGACGCGGACGUCCACGUGAAGCGAGAGGAUGAGGAGGACGAAGAAGCUAAUUGGCCACAUCUUCAUGAGGAGAACAGCGGGGCGCAGUCAAGUGAUCACGUGACCACACAAGCAGAAGAUGCCGGAUCAGAAGCAGACGCCCUUUUGGCUCCACUGUCAGAUUAUGAAGACGAAUCUCGCGAUACGGAUGAUCGCAGCGAAGAAAAUAAAGCUUUGAAGCGUUCCGACGAGAGUAAAAAACGUUUCAAAUGUUACGAAUGUGGGAAGAGUUUUGUUCAUGAGCGAAAUCUCGUUACUCACACGAGGAUCCACACGGGAGAAAAACCUUUCGGCUGCUCAGUUUGCGGUAAAAGCUUCAGCCAGAGUGCCAAUCUGCUGGUUCAUGCCCGCGUCCACACGGGGGAAAAACCUUUUGCGUGCUCGCUUUGCGGCGGCAGAUUCUCUCAGAAGGGACAUUUGAUGAGACACAAAGCAACGCACGACCACGACAAACCUUCGCCGUGCAGCUUUUGUAACACCAAUUUUUAUCACCGAUCGGCGCUACUGGAACACAUGAGGACGCACGUCGGAGAGAAACCGUUCUCCUGCUCCAUGUGUCCCAAGAGAUUCUCGCGGCGCGGAAACCUGCUGACGCACAUGAGGACGCACACGGGAGAAAAACCUUUCGCCUGCUCGUCGUGCGGCAAAAGCUUCUCUCAGAAAGGACAUCUGGUGACGCACGUGAGGACGCACUCGGGCGGAAAACCGUUCUCGUGCGCGUUGUGCUCGAAACGCUUCUCGCAGAAAGGACACAUGAUGUCGCACAUGAGGACGCACCGCACCAAACGCAUCCUCGUCAUCGCUGAUCCUCACGUCAGACAAAUCUUCGUCUUCACUCUUCACUUGGACCUCGAUGAUGUCCUCCCGAGAGACGCCGCAGUCUUCCUCUCCCUCUUUGACGCCCACGGGCUCAGGCUCCUCCUCUUCCUCUCCGACAUGGAGGGGCUAACGCCAAGGUCGGGCCACGCGCCAUUUGAAAAGCGGGCCCUCGGUCCCUGCCGCUGGCCUCUUUCCGGUUGCCCCGUGUUUCGGGAGCUUCUGGAAACGAGCGAAAGCUCAAUUUUACCGUUAGACGUGCUCAAAGUGAUCGUCGGCGAAGACCAGCAGCAGGUGUGGCGCUCCAGGGUGGCGCAGGAGGAGCCACUGCACCCCCGCAUUAAAGAGGAAGAGGAAGACGAUGACGUCGCCACGCUCCCUGCGAAGAGAGAAGACGACGACCAAGAGCUUCACGACAGCUCAAGGGACUCGGACGAGCGCUCGCAGCGGCUCUCGGACUCCGACCACUGCGACUCAGACGACUCCAAAGCGGACGAAAAGAAGCGCUUGACCUGCUCUCGGUGCCGCCAAAGCUUUGACAACAAGUACCAGCUGGUGCACCACACGAGGACGCACACCGGCGAGCAAAUCAUCUGCGCCGUGUGCGGAAAAAACUUCUCCAGCAAGAGCAACCUGCGCACGCACAUGAGGACGCACUCUGGGGAAAAACCGUUCACCUGCUCCGUUUGCGGCAAGGGUUUCUCUGUCAAGAGAUACCUGGUGUCCCACAUGAGAACGCACACUGGAGAGAAACCUUACUCUUGCUCCGUGUGCGGCUCGGGCUUCAGCUACCGUAUGUCGCUGGUUCUCCACAUGAGAACGCACACGGGGGAGAAACCCUUCUCCUGCUCGGUUUGCGGCAAAAGCUUCUGCCAGAAGGGACAACUGAGAGCGCACAUGAGGACGCACACGGGAGAAAAACCCUUCCCGUGCGCCUUCUGCGGCAAGACUUUUUCCGAGCGGGGACACAUGAUCUCGCACGUCAGGUCGCACACGGGGGAGAAACCGCACUCGUGCUCGCUCUGCGGCAAAACGUUCGCCACCAGGAGGAACAUGACGAUACACUUGAGGACGCACACCGGAGAGACGCCGUUCGGCUGCAGCGUUUGUCAUAAGAGAUUCCCGCACAAGUAUCAGAUCACCAGACACAAGUGUACAAACGCGCAACUUGACAACGCGCAGUAGUGGACCUAGACUAGAUGGUGUCCUAUUCAAUGGGACCUUGACAUACGAGUGCCCCAACUUCAAGUUAUGGUCAUGUUUUGUUUUUGUUUGUUUUGGAGUGUGGUGUGAGCCAAAAGCUUUGGAUACGCUGCCGCUCGAGGGAAGUGGGGGGGGAAAAAUUGAGCUUCCCGUAUUGUCAGCCCUUUUAGAGCAUUUUCAUUUAUUGUUUUCUGUGAACAUUUAUGAACUGAACCUCGCCAAAAAGAAAGAUGUUACGUUACUAGCUGUUUUCGUUUUUUAGCAUUCAGCAGGGGGAACGUGGGUUGGUUUCUGACCAAAAACUGGUGAAAAUGAGCUUUUUAAAGGUGAAAAGAAACUUUUGUGACACCUUAAAUUAUAACACGAGGCUGAAAAGCGCUUUUGAUGGCACAAUAAUAUUUUAAUCAUGGGGCGAAUUUAACACCUUAGUCAAGGUCGGACGGUACAAACCACACGCAACGCAAUGAAACAACACAACCUCUGUGCAUUCGGUGUCAUACUUUGUGGACACAACACACAUCCCUUCCUGCAGAUAAGUGUACAAAUGACACUAGAUAAAAUACUGUGAUAGUA